AUAAUUAUGAUUAUAAUAGCAAUACCUCAAAUUCUGAAACUGAAUUAUCUGAUGAUGCGUUGUGUGAAUAUAUGGCAGGUAGUCGUAGAGCACGAAGAAAUCGAAUUGGCGCACAAUAUUUUGACGAAUUUCGUACACAUUUUUGGGAGAGACCUGAAGAUGAAUUUGAUAGAAUCCGUAAUAUCAACACUUCAAACCGUAGGCGAAAUAGAGAUAUGGGGGAUAUAACACCGGCACCAUCUAUUGAGGAAGUUGAGCGUGAAUUAAGUAUGAGAUCCACUGUUAGACGAAUAAACCGAAGUUCAUCUAUCACUACAAACAAUCCCGAUGCUGAGCAAAAUAUUGGCGUUCGCCUGCCUCCGGCUGAAACAUCAUCUCUUCAAUCACCACCUUAUGAGGCCACGAAUGAAACGCAAAAUCAGAGUCAUGACGAUUCCAAUAAUUUAUCAUCUAAUUUAGGGAACUUUGUUUCCCGCAUAGCGUCAAAUAUGCUCUUGUCACGAAACGAAAGUGAUGUCAGUAUGCAUGAUGUAGGAGGUAGUCAACCACUCUAA